UUCACCAUGUACGCAAGCACGGUGCCAAUGGAUUCUUCAAAAUUAGUGCUUCUCCUUUCGUUCUCUUACAUCCUUCUACACCAACCUUCCCUUUCAGCUGCUCAGCCGAAAUUCAUUUAUUAUAACUGUAACUACAACAACGUCGGCAACUACACAACUAAUAGCACGUACCAAAGAAACCUCAACAGCCUUCUGUCCUCCCUAGCAUCCGACACUCAAAUUGACUACGGAUUUUACAAUCUAUCCGUUGGCGAAUUUCCUGACCGAGUAAAUGCAAUUGCACUAUGCAGAGGAGACGUUGCCGUUGAUGUUUGUCGAAGUUGCGUUAAUGACUCUACUCAUAAGAUCUUAGAGGUUUGUCCUAACAAGAUGGGGGCAUUUGGAGUUUACGCACUCUGUAUGAUACGAUACUCAAACACAUCUAUAUUCGGUGUUGUGGAUGAAAAACCAUCUAUCUACCAGGCGAAUGGAAAGAAUGUUUUGGAUGUAACUCUAUUUAAUCAGGCACUACAAACAUUAUUUGCCAGACUUCGAGCCAAAGCUGCAUCAGGGAACUCUUUAAAGAAGUUCGCAACUGGAAACCAAAGUGCUGGAGUUGAAACAGUAUAUGCUAUUGUUCAAUGCACGCCUGACUUGUCUGAGGGGCAGUGCUCCAGUUGCCUGCUUGACCUUUUUCGGAUGAUUACAAACUGUUGUGAUGGGAACGUAAAAGGGAAGAUUGGAGCUAAACUCAUAAGACCAAGCUGCAAUUUGAGGUGGGAGAUUGGAAAGUUUUUUAAUGGUACACUUGAGAUAUUACCAUCACCUCCACCACCACAAAUAUCAUCACCUACAUCUCUUCCGGCACCAGCACAAGGAAAGAAGAGCAACACAGUUCGGAUCAUUGUCAUUACUGUUGUCCCAGCUGUCGGUGCUGUGAUACUCGUCAUCUGCAUGUGCCUAUUCAUAAGAACACGAAAGCAAAGGGAAAAGGAAAGGAUUGAAACUGGGGACGAAAUAGAAAGUGCAGAAUCAUUGCAAUUCGCAUUCAGCACCAUUCGAGAUGCAACAGAGGACUUUUCGGAGAAAAAUAAGCUGGGACAGGGUGGAUUUGGUGCUGUUUACAAGGGAGCACUUCCUAGCGGACAAGAGAUUGCUGUGAAAAGACUUUCUAAGGACUCUGGGCAAGGAGAUUUGGAAUUCAAAAAUGAAGUCUUAUUGGUGGCAAGACUCCAGCACCGGAAUUUAGUCAGGCUUCUGGGUUUCUGCUUGCAAGGAAUUGAAAGGCUUCUUAUCUAUGAGUUUGUGCCUAAUGCGAGCCUUGAUCACUUCAUAUUUGAUCCAAUCAAGCGUGUGCAUUUGAACUGGGAAAGACGUUACAAGAUUAUUGGAGGAAUUGCUCGAGGGCUCCUUUACCUUCACGAGGAUUCUCGACUUCGAAUCAUUCAUCGUGACCUCAAAGCCAGCAACAUUUUGUUAGAUGAAGAGAUGAAUCCGAAAAUUUCAGAUUUUGGCAUGGCGAGGUUGUUCGUAGUGGAUCAAACUCAAGGCAAUACAAGUAGAAUUGUGGGAACCUAUGGCUAUAUGGCUCCAGAAUAUGCAAUGCAAGGACACUUCUCGGUCAAGUCAGACGUAUUUAGUUUCGGCGUGCUAGUUUUGGAGAUUGUGACUGGUAAAAAAAAUAGUUUUCGCAAUGGAAAUGACAUAGAGCACCUUUUGAGCCAUGCAUGGAGAAACUGGAGGGAAGGGACAGCUCAAGAUAUUAUAGAUCCCGUUUUGAGUAGUGGCUCAGCAACAGAAAUGUUGAGAUGCAUCCACAUUGGGUUACUCUGCGUUCAAGAAAAUGUAGCUGAAAGGCCGACAAUGGCUUCAGUAGUUCUCAUGCUAAGCAGCUCUUCCCUCACAUUGCAAAUACCUUCUCAGCCUGCAUUUUUUAUGAACAGCAGCACAUAUCAAUCAGAUCUGUCAUCCUCAAUGGAGCAUAAUUCAAGGGUGACUGAGUCCUCGCUAUCUGAAUCUGUAGCUAUCCCUUUGUCCAAAAAUGAGGUUUCAAUUACUGAGUUGUAUCCUAGAUAAUGGUUUAGCUGCAGAGAUUUAAUAUAAAACCAGUUUUGCGGUUUCAGUCAA